CUGUUGUGAAGAGCCACUCUGGAUCGAUGGCUGUGCUCGCCUGCAGCGCGGGGUCGUCUCCCGCGAUCUGCACUCCGUGUGGAAUCAUGGAUGCGCUGCUCGCACGCACGCACGCGGACUGCAUGUGUGGCCCGUGUGAUUAACGUGCAGCGUAUGUGAGCGCUGCGCUUCGGCGCGAUCCUAUUGGCCGAGCAGAGAAGGAGGGCUCGUGAUGACAGAGGCGGCGCACAGUCGCUCUUCAGCAGGCGGAGACCCGCAUCCUCGCGCGCGCCGCUUGUCAGCAGUCUCCCGCAAAUGGCUCCACGUUAGACGCCGCUCUGCAUGGGUCCACCCCUCUCCCCUCCUGCUCCCCGGGAUCUGAUCUGCCACCGGUUUGCGCCACUUUGGUUCCCCGCACGUGGAGCGCGUCUGGACCGGGCGGCCGGGCUUGAUGAUGGAGGAGCUGGUGCGGAGACGCGGGGCUCCUCCGCAAGGACACUGAGCAUGGCCGAGUGCAGGACUCCGUGGAUCCGCCCGCUGGGCCGCAGAUGCGCGGUGCAAGUUGAAGCCUCCUGUCCGUCGGCGUGAGAGUCCGAGCGUCGCCUGCGAGGACGCUGUCCAUGGUGCUGAGGCGGAGCUCCAGGGAUGGUGGAGACGCUGAGCAUCGCGGUGAUCGGAGCUCCCGCAGUGGGCAAAACUUCUGUCAUCCGCCAGUUCAUCUACAACGACUUCUCGGAGGUCUACUCGCCCACCAGGAGCAGGUAUGUCUACAGACCCGCGGUCAUCCUCAACGGCAGCAUGUACGAGCUGAAGGUCCUGGACGUCCCGCCGAUCUCCGCCUUCCCCUCCAGCUCCAGCCAGGAGUGGCUGGACCUGCGCUGCAGAGGGGUCCGCAACGCCAACGCCUACAUCCUGGUCUACGACAUCUGCUGCGUGGAGAGCUUUGAGUACGUCAAGAUGAUCCGACAGCAGAUCGUGGAACAAAGGGAAGGCGGCGGCGGCAGCAGCAGCAGCAGCGAGGUGCCCAUCCUGGUGGUGGGCAACAAGCGGGACCUGCAGCGCCAGCGCUUCAUGCCACGCAGGGCCGUGUCCGUCCUGGUGAAGAAGACGUGGAAGUGUGGAUAUGUGGAGUGCUCGGCCAAGUUCAACUGGCACGUGGUCCUGCUCUUCAAAGAGCUGCUGGGCAUCGCCGUGGCCAGGGGGAUGCGGCAGAACCACACGUCCAUUCGUCUGCAGGGGGCACUACAGAGAAAUCGCUGCUCCCUCAUGUGACCCGCACAGAGCCCUCCGCGCCCAAGAGUGGAGCACUUUUUUUUUUUUUUUUUAUCACAAUGGCUGGAACAAAACAACCCAGUGGCCUCCUGCUUUACUGAGCUAAUUCUUCUCAAAAUGAGGUUUAUCACAUGCUGCGCUGUAUCAGACAUUAAACUUGGACAUCCAACAACCUGUGGAUGACUGGCGACACAAGGCACAACGUAGGGCAGGAAAACCAGGGAGACCAAGGAAGGGUUUCCCUCCCGUCCCCUCUGUUACCUGACCAUGGGUUUGUCAUGCAGCUUUAGUUGAGUCUGUCCAGUGUGAGACUUGAUGCGGAGAGGCAGCAAUACCAACUGGUCUUCCUUCCCAUUUCCACUUCCACCACAUGUUUAGUCCUAAAAAAAAAAAGAAAGAUAGAGGUCUUAGACGGAUACGUGUGGGCUUCUUAACCUCGGUCGGUGGCCCCGCCCACACGUGCUCCUGUGUCUGUUGGUGAGCAGAACCUUCCACCCAGGAGCUGUGGCCCGGCACCAGGCUGCAGAGACACAGCGGGGUCAGGAGAGAGUGCUGGUCAAGCUUGGAAGAAAGAUGCAGCAAUAAAAGCCGCCGAAAAUAAGAAGCCUCAUCGACCACAUUUCUCGACUCAAGCUAGGGCUGACACUUGCGCAGGGAACAUUUGCAAGGCUUUUUCCACAGCUGGUUCCAGUGGCGAGAGCCAACACCUGCGCUAGUGUUACAUGCUUGAUGACGCGGUGCUCGGCGAGAGGAGCAGACGUCAUGUACAUAGGACGGACUCGCAGUAAGUGGCGUGCAUGUGUCUGUAGGUUUAGAGCCAGAGGGUCAAGGUCCAAUUGCACUGACCAUGUGACGUGCUUGACUUUGGUGUGUGUGUCGUAGCGCUGUUUUCCUGCUCUGAGGAGCGGCUGAGCGAAUGUGUGAGAAGAUGAUGUGAUGUUGCCGAGGUACAAAAGAACAAAAGACAUAUGUAGCAGGACGAGCAACACGUGUGUAGCAUGGACUCUCCUCCAUUUGCCUCCGUGUGUUUUCCAUUUAAAAGGGCUACAGUUGUUAUUUUUCCAAACCAGAAGCGUCAGUGUUCUUAUUUUCCUGUGUUAGUGCUGUGGUUGGUUUGUUUUGUUUCUGAAGACUAAUUAAAUGCAUUUGAGAACAGAGCUGUGGCUUUCCAAAACCCGUUCAGCACCGGUGAGCAACUCGGCGCCAAGAAUCGGGGGACUGGAACUCGGUCGGUCGGUCGGUCGGUCGGUCAGGAAGUCCAGGUCCAGGGAAGGUUGCUGUUUAGUGACAGAGCCGUUUCCAACCUCAACUCGUGCCCAGCAGAUCAGCAGGUUACAACAGCA